AUGAUCCCACUGCACCAUCCAGUGACCAUUGAGUGCCAGGGUCCUCUAGAGGUUGACCUGUGGCGUCUGGAGAAGAAGGGAAGCUCUCAGUUCAGAUACCUGAAGUCCCCAGCAAGUCCAUGGAGGAAGGUUAAUUUUACCACGCUGUCAGUGACGCCGGGCACUGCGGGGAAAUACUGCUGUCGGAGCAGCAGACAGACAUACUGGUCAGAGUGCAGCGAAUUCGUGGAGAUCCAGGUGGCUGGAAUUUUCAAGGAGAAUUUGUCCCUUUCUGCCUGGCCAAGUGCAAAAGUGAUCACGGGAAGUAACGUGACCCUCGACUGUUCCUUCGAGGCUGAUUUCGACAGAGUAGCUCUGUCUAAGGACGGUGACAUCUAUGAGACUCGGCAAGUCAUUGAGUCUGUGUCCAUUAAUUUCUCCACCCGAGACGCAGGAACCUACCAGUGUUACGGCUCUCACUCCGAGUUUGACUCUAUGUGGUCGGUCCCCAGCAACCCCGUGACGGUCCGAUUCACAGGUCCUGCUGUUUUGAAUCCAACUACAGAGCUUCACAUCCGCCUCAGCCUAGCUGGCCUGGUCCUCUUGGCCCUGGUAGUCCUGUUAGUGGAAGACUGGCAUAGCCGGCGACGUCCAGAGAGUGCCCACUCCAUCUAA